CACUGUCUUUCUUUCCUCUAAUUCUUAUCCCUUUCUUUUUUUAGUGGGGUAGAAUUUUUAAGACAAAAGAAGACACAGAGAAUAAUGGAAGUGAGCUAUCGAUCAAUAUGGAAAAAAGGGGUCGGGUGGCCUGAGGAUAAAGAAAUUGGAACAUCCACAAUCAGAUAAAAAGAAAGUUCUUCCCUUCUGCACUGCACUGUGGACUAUUUCUAGGGUUUCUGAUUUCCAUAUUUGUAUUCUAUCAUCCUCCUAUACCCUUGUGUUGUGUCCUUUGUUGCUCUUUUUGGGUAAUUCAUGUCUAUGGGUGGCGUCUCUGGGUUCUAUUUUUAGAAACCUAAUUUAACAUCUUUUUUGGGGGCUUUCUUUUAUGAAUCCUCCUGGGAUUUCAUCUGCUAAUUGUUGCGAUUUUCUAAACUAAACCUCUCCUGGGUUUGCUUGGUUGUCACAGGUCCUUCACAAAUUUUUACAUUUUUCUCUACUAGCUAGUGUUCGAGCACUUCAAAUCUUCGAGGGAGUUUCCAGGCUAGGACAUGGUGAGAGGGAAGAUUGAGAUGAAAAGAAUUGAAAAUGCCACAAGCCGGCAAGUGACCUUCUCCAAACGUCGAAAUGGGUUGUUGAAGAAAGCCUUUGAGCUUUCAGUUCUUUGCGAUGCUCAAGUUUCCGUCAUCAUCUUCUCUCAGAAAGGCAGGCUAUAUGAGUUCUCCAGCUCUGAGUAUGUUUCUGUAUUUUUUUAUAUAUACCUCAUAUGUAUAAGUUUGAAGCCCCAUUUUUUUCUUUAUCUGUAUGCUUUGUUUCUUAAAGAUGGAAACAUCAUUUACUUUUUAUGGUGUUGAUGAGCAGGUAUGGGUUGUUGUACUGGUUUUGAGGCCAGUGUGUACGAU